AUGAUGUUUACCCUGCCAGGUGUGGAGCUUGUGUCGGAGCACGGAAAGGACAGCUACGAGGUCGCCAAUUUCACGGCACCGUACUCCCUGCAGGAGCGUGCGGCCGCAGACCCAGUGCACAACGGAUCAUGCGGGGAGCAGCUGCUAGAGCUGAGUGCAACAGGGAUGGUGAUGAUUGGGGUGACACUGACAGUCAUCACUGCAAUCACGGUGAUGGGCAACUUGCUGGUGGUCAUUGCCGUGUGCGUGGUGAAGAAGCUCCGCCAGCCGUCUAACUACUUGCUGGUGUCGCUGGCCGUGGCUGACCUGUCAGUGGCACUCGUGGUCAUGCCCUUCGUGAUCGUGACGGACCUCACAGGCGGGAAGUGGCUUUUUGGGGAGGUCUUCUGUAACAUCUUCAUCGGCAUGGAUGUAAUGUGCUGCACGGCAUCCAUCAUGACCCUGUGCGUGAUCAGCGUGGACAGAUACCUGGGUAUCACACGACCCCUGACAUAUCCGGCCCGCCAAAAUGGACAGCUGAUGGCUAAGAUGAUCCUGGGUGUGUGGCUGGCAUCAGCCUCCAUCACCCUGCCACCCUUUUGUGGUUGGGCUAAGAAUGUCAACACAGCCGAGGUUUGUCUCAUCAGCCAGGACUUUGGCUACACUAUCUACUCCACGGCCGUGGCCUUCUACAUCCCCAUGGCUGUCAUGCUCAUCAUGUACUACAAGAUCUUCCGAGCGGCUCGCAAAAGCGGCGCCAAGCAUCAGUUCGCUGCUUUCCCCCUCCGGGAGGCUCCCGAAGUAGCAGAAGGUGCUCUCCAGGGUCCGAAGCCAGCAGCUGUGGCCGAGGAGUGUGCUGCACUGGGCCGCCUCCUGAGAAGUGAGCGCCACAACGUGUCCAUAUUUCGGCGGGAGCAGAAAGCAGCUACUACAUUGGGCGUGAUUGUGGGUGUCUUCUCCAUCUGCUGGCUACCCUUCUUUGUGCUGACCACAGCACGGCCCUUCAUUUGUGGAGUGGAGUGCAGCUGCGUGCCUGUGUGGCUGGAGCGGACGCUGCUGUGGCUCGGCUACGCCAACUCGCUCAUGAACCCCUUCAUCUACGCUUUCUUCAACCGUGACCUGAGGACCACGUACCGCGACCUGCUGCAUUGCCGCUACCGCAACAUCAACAGGCGCCUGUCCGCUGCAGGUGUACAUGAAGCCCUCCGGGUGUAA